AUGACAGCUCCAGCAUCCACUAAGAGCGCAUUGCAGGCACCAUCUCAGAAUGAGGGCGGAGUGACUCCGCUUCCCCCCCCCCGGUCCGUCUCGGUGGGAGUCCGAGGGGAGCCCGAUGACCCCUCCUUUGCGCCCACUCUCUGCUUUCCAGGUAAAGCUGAAGCCCCCCUUGGCCACGAGUACGAGGGGUCCAGCGGGAGCAGCUCCAGUACUGAGCGAGAGCCCCGCGGACCUGCCCUUUUCUGCCUGGAAUAUGAGGCUGACGGUGGCCAAGUUACCUCGGUGGUCGUGUACCAGGACAAUGACCCUGAAGAAGUGGUUGAGAAGAUCAGUGCCCAGAAUCAGCUGGAACCAGCUUUGCAGGAAGCCCUUCGGCAACGAGUCGAAGCAGAGUUGGAGAAGCGACGAGUGAAGCGCUGAGAUCCUUGCAGAGAUAUCCUUGCUGUUUAUUGAGAAAUACUUUAGGGGAAAUGGUGCUGGACCUGCUUACCAGCACACAGGACUGUCCUUGGGGAGUUUCCAUACGCCGCUCCUAUGUAAUAAUACAAGGGUAUCAUGAGGAGCAGUGGCGGAAGGAAGAAAAUCCUGGUUGGGAACUACAGUUGAUUCUUUGACAGAUCUACCCUGAAAGAAGCCAGCCAGCCGAAUGAUUGCAACCCCGGACUUCCUUGCUGGCACUGUAUCUUUGUAGUCUAGCUUUCCCUGCCCCAUCUUGCGAACAGUCAAGCCAAUAUUGUUGUAUGCUUACAUGUCAGACUCAGGCAGAUACAGUAGGAUGUUAUCAGCUGUCCUGCAGAUGAAAGGUGCCUUUCCCAAUUGCUUGGGGUAGCUGGCAAGAUUAUGCUGAGGGUAGAGGCAGCUGCUGGUGAGUUGGCUGUUGAGGGGAGCUGCUACUUUGUUUAGAUUUACAGCUUUUCAAAAGUGCCUUGUUUCUGGAUCAGUCAGAAGAACCUUUCCUCCAGAAAGUGCAGAAAAUAGACCACUUGGCUGACCUAGUGUUCAUGGUGGUUGUUAGGAUGGGAAGAAACGGGGCUCAGCAUGACUCUCUUGGAAGCUGUUGUAUAGUGCUCUUCCUGUCAGCAGAGGUUCUCAGAAAUGUGGCACAGGGUUGUAAAUAAACAGAGAGAACUUGC